AUGGCGGAAACUUCUGCAACUUCCUUCACAAAAAGCCAAUCAAAUGGUGAGUUUGAGAAAGAGGCUUACGAUGAAGCAUAUGAGCAACUUAGCCAAGAAUGUAAGGAACUACUUCUUUCACUUCCCAAAAGGAGGGGAUGGACUAGCCCAUAUGUUUAUCUCUACCAAGGUAUUUGGUUUGCACCAACUAGUAUUCAAGCGAUAUGCUCCUUCCAAAAGCACUUCCAAGCAAAAGAUACUGAUAUUAUUAUAGCUUCCUUGCCGAAAUCUGGUACUACUUGGUUGAAAGCCCUUACUUUUGCCACUGUGAAUCGUAGCCGUUUCUCUCCUUCACAAAAUAACCAUCCUCUUCUCAUUGCUAAUGCUCAUGAGCUUGUUCCUUUCCUUGAGUUCAAUCUUUAUGCCAAUAACCAGAUCCCUGACCUCUCCAACGUGAUUGAACCAAGACUUUUUAGUACACAUGUUCCAUUUCAAUCGUUGCGUGAUUCAAUCGCCAAGUCCCAAUGCAAGAUAAUCUACAUAUGUCGAAACCCUUUUGACAAUUUUGUGUCCUUUUGGUUUCACCUAAACAAAAUCACGCCACCAUCUUUACCCAAAUUAUCAGUUGAGGAAGCACUGAAAAGGUAUUGGGAGGGGAUCCAUGAGGGUGGGCCAUUUUGGACACAUAUGUUGGGUUAUUGGAGAGCAAGUAGAGAGAUGCCAAACAAGAUUCUGUUUUUAAAGUAUGAGGAUUUGAAAGGAGAUAUCAACUUCUACUUGAAAAGAGUGGCCGAGUUCUUGGAUUUCCCAUUCGAUUCCAAGGAGGAAAGUGAUGGGCUUAUUCAAGACAUUAUUGAGUUGUGUAGCUUUGAGAGGAUGAAGGAAUUGGAGGUGAACAAGACUGGAAAACUUUUGCAGAAGUAUGAAAACAAUUACUUUUUUAGGAAAGGUGAAGUAGGAGAUUGGGUUAAUCAUUUUAACCCUUCAAUGAUAGAGAAAUUGUCCAAAGUGAUGGAAGAGAAGUUGGGUGGGUCUGGUCUAUCCUUUUAGUUGUUCUUAUUUCUUUACAACCAGGUAAGCUCCAUGGCUUCUAAUUUAUGCCUGUCUUUGAAAGAAGAUAAUUUAAGACAUAGGCGUCUGUCUGUGGAACCAGAAGCAUUGGAACUAACUGAAAUUUAACUGUAAGCCAUUUCUUGCAUCUAAUUGUGCCGUUGCAUUAGAGCCACUUCACACUUUUUCAGAUUGGCAACUUGGAAAAGAAUGUUGAUGCAGGUUGGAGCUUGUGGAUUAUCAGGAUGGGAUCGUACCUUAGCAAAUUCUCUUGUUGGAUUUUGUAAGACAUGAAAUUUAGUAUGCGUGAUCGUCUGAUAGAUUGUGAAAUUUAUUCUAUUUCGAGUGUUUUAAAUAAUUUUGAAUUUAUGCAAUUAUUCGAUUAGGCUUUCA